CCACACUCAAGACACAGAAACACGUGAGAAAGUCUGGCUCUGAUACAAAAAUGAAUCGUGUUCAUGGAUACGAUUCUCAACAAUCCUAGCCUAGUUCUAGAACCACACUGAAGAAUCACAGAGACUGAAAGUGCCCUUCUCUGUAACAAGUUUUCCCUGAAUUCCUGAGUCCUUGCACGAACUUUUAACUCAUGGGAAACAUAACCAAGAGAGGCAGCAGGGAGCUGGGCGCUGAUGGUGCCAGGUCCCCAGAAGAGAGCCCGCCUGCGGGACUUCACACCAAACUCUACGAGGCCAUCAUGAGGGAAGACUGCGCCGCAAUCCAGGCCCUCCUGAGAAGCCACCCCGUCAACCAGCCCAUGACCACGCUGGCCACCUCCACCAGCUGCAGGUUACCGCCAAACCAGGAGAUGGAGCCUGUCAUCCCCAUUCACCUGGCUGCCAAGCACCGCAGGGCACAAAGCUUGCUCUGUUUGUUAGAGCACGAUGCCGACCCCGAAGUUAGGGACACAAGAGGGCUCACCACACUCCACCUGAUGCUCCUGCACUGGCCGAUCGCGUCCACCACAUGGACCAAGCCGGGGAACCGAAUCCAAAGGAUCCUGACAGACAUCCAGAGCAACGCGGUCCUGUGCCUCCGCAUUCUGUGUGAGCAUGGAGCUCAGGUGAACGCUCGCACUGGGAACAGCAACAGACAGUCCCCGCUCCACCUGGCCACCACCUACGGGACCCACAUAGUUCUCUCCAUCCUGGCCCAAAACGGCGCCCAGGUCAAUGCCCUCAAUGAGUCCGGCAUGACCCCUCUUCACAUGGCCGCAGAAACCCUGAAUGAGGAGAUGCUGGAGAUGCUCAUCGCCUGUGGGGCCAAUGUGAACUGUGCUGUCCCAUCCACAGGGAGCACGGCCCUGAAGCUGGCAGUGUGCAUGGCCUCGGGCAAGGCUGGCCGGAUGCUGGCAGCCGAUGUGAGCUGCAUCCGCCUGCUGCUAGUUCAUGGAGCCGAGGUCAACGCCCAGGACCGCGAAGGUGAAACCGCCAUCCACGAGGCUUGUUUUGGAGGCAGAGAGGCAAUAAUCAACCUCUUGCUCGAAUUUGAAGCAGAUGUUAACGUGUUAACCAGAAACGGAGAGACCCCGCUCUACAUGUACCUGCAGCGCAGCUCCAACCUAACAGACACGGCCCUUCUUGCCCGGCUACUGUCCCGCUGUCAUCCCCUGAGACUGACCAACAACCAAGGAGUUCUACCUGCGGGAAUCACGCUUCCAGAAUUCCACCCCCUAAGGGAAACCCUAAUAAAGUUAUCUCAAAAACCCUUAUCCCUACAGGACAUUUGUAAAAGAAACAUCCGAAAUAUUUAUGGUGAGAAGUACAAACAACUCUUGAAGAAGCAUCUGCCAGUGAAGAUCUGGAAUUCUGUGUACAGUUAUUAUGACUUAGCUUGCCUCUUGAAAUGAGAUCUCCAAUUUCACAGUGCCCCAGAACUUCAGGAACUCGCACUGCAUCUCUGGCUAGACAUCGACCCAGAAAAUACCGAACCUUAUACGUCUCAGAUGUACAAACUAUUGGUUCUUAAACCUUUUUCAAAAAAUAAAAUGAUUUGUACAUUGACCUUUUCUUCCUAAAUAUUCUUUUAAAUGCAUUUCCCAUGAUUUAAUUUUUUACCAAAAAGUAAGCAAUUUAAAACCCCAGCCACAGAAGUAAAUGUAUCUUCUCUUUCCUGAUAGUCCUUUAUAAAAAUUAGGAUAGUCAUAAAUUUUUAAAACAGCUGAAAAAAAUUUCCCAUGUUAAAUUUUCUUUAAGUGGAUAAUUACAGAAAUAGAUUUUACCUCUAAGGUUGAAAUGAGUAUCUUUGUCAGCAUUAAAUACAUUUAGCAUCAUCCAUUAUGUUAGUGCUCAGAGCACACUUACCCCCUGAAAACAGCUA